CUCAGUGUUCUUUUUAAGGAGUACCAGUGAAGAGCUGCUCAUCACCGGCCAGUGGUUUUCCCUGUAGACUCCCACGCCACCCCUCUCUCUCUCUGGUCCACUGAACAGUAGUAGACAUGUCCCUGCUGUUGAACUCUAGCUUCACCGGUGCUUCCUCUGCAUGCCUCCUCCAACGGGAAAGGUCCCGCCGCCGCCGCCUCCACGUCCCUGGCGUGACAUGCCGCCAGGGCAGUAAUGGUGACCGCAGCGAUGCCGCCCGCCAGCAGCAGUCGCCGCCGCUGCUGGAUCGGCGCGACAUGCUGUUGGGUUUAGGAGGGCUUUACGGCGUGACCGCAGGACCCAAGGUUCUGGCGGCGCCGAUAAUGCCGCCGGAUCUGUCCAAGUGCUACCCUGCCACCGCACCUGCCCUCGACAACAAAUGCUGCCCGCCUUACGACCCCGGCGAGACGAUCUCGGAGUACAGCUUCCCCGCUACGCCCCUCCGGGUGCGGCGGCCGGCCCAUAUCGUGAAGGACGAUCAGGAGUAUAUGGACAAGUACAAGGAGGCAGUGAGGAGGAUGAAGAAUCUGCCGGCAGACCACCCUUGGAACUACUACCAGCAGGCGAACAUCCACUGCCAGUAUUGCAACUACGCCUACCACCAGCAAAAUACCGACGACGUGCCCAUCCAGGUCCACUUCAGCUGGAUCUUCCUCCCAUGGCACCGCUACUACCUCCACUUCUACGAAAGGAUCCUCGGCAAGCUCAUCGACGACGACACCUUCACCAUCCCAUUCUGGAACUGGGACACCAAGGACGGCAUGACGUUCCCCGCCAUCUUCCAGGAUGCGGCAUCCCCGCUGUACGACCCGAAACGCGACCAACGCCACGUCAAGGACGGCAAGAUCCUCGACCUCAAGUACGCCUACACCGAAAACACUGCAUCCGACAGCGAGAUCAUACGGGAGAACCUCUGCUUCAUACAGAAGACGUUCAAGCACAGCCUGUCGCUGGCGGAACUGUUCAUGGGGGAUCCCGUGCGCGCGGGGGAGAAGGAGAUCCAGGAGGCUAAUGGGCAGAUGGAAGUCAUCCACAAUGCGGCGCACAUGUGGGUCGGAGAGCCGGACGGAUACAAGGAAAACAUGGGGGACUUCUCCACCGCCGCCCGCGAUUCUGUUUUCUUCUGCCACCAUUGCAAUGUCGACCGCAUGUGGGACAUCUACCGCAACCUCCGCGGCAACCGCGUCGAGUUCGAAGACAACGACUGGUUGGACAGCACCUUCCUCUUCCACGACGAGAACGAACAGCUCGUCAAAGUCAAGAUGAGCGACUGCCUCAACCCGACCAAGCUUCGGUACACGUUCGAACAAGUUCCCCUCCCAUGGCUGGGCAAAAUCAAUUGCCAGAAGACGGCAGAGACGAAGUCCAAGGCCACGACGGAGCUGUCGCUGACGCGCGUGAACGAAUUCGGGACGACGGCCCAGGCACUCGACGCGAGCAACCCGCUGCGGGUGAUCGUGGCAAGGCCGAAGAAGAACCGCAAGAAGAAGGAGAAGCAAGAGAAGGUGGAGGUGAUUCAGAUCAAGGAUAUUCAGGUGACCACCAACGAGACAGCUCGCUUCGACGUCUACGUCGCGGUUCCUUACGGUGACCUCGCCGGACCCGACUACGGCGAGUUCGCGGGCAGCUACGUGAGGCUGGCGCAUAGGAUGAAGGGAAGCGACGGGACCGCAGAGCAGGUCCCCAAGAAGAAGGGAAAGCUCAAGCUGGGUAUUACGCCGCUGCUCGAGGACAUCGAUGCUGAGGACGCCGACAAGUUGGUGGUCACCCUGGUUCUCCGCACCGGGAGCGUCACCGUGGGCGGAGUUUCCAUCAAUCUCCUGCAGACAGAUUCUACCGCCGCCAUCUAAAUGAUGGCCUCGGAUCACAGCUUCUCCCCGCUUAAGUUGGAGUGAUCGAUUACUGGUGCUGCUUCCUUCCUCCCUGUCGUUGUUGCUAUCUUCUUGAUCUGGAACGAUCCUUCAAUAAUUAGGGCAUGACAGUAGUCGUCGCCCGAUCCCAUAUGUACGUGUUGCUGUCAACAGCUGUACAUGUGACGUUGUGGUGUGACUAUAUAUUUUAUUGCGGUCAUCGUUGUUUCUUUCUUA